UUAAAAACAACACCGAAAGUUUGUUACGGCUUUAUUGUUUUGAUCUAAAUAUUCCAAUAGUUUACAUUGAUUCAGCAAUCUAAAUCUAUUAUUUGAUCAGUUUUAUCUCUACAGAUGAUAAACAUAUAGAUCGAUUAUUUUGAAGAGUUCAACAAACCAAUUGUCAAACUAAUUAAAAGGCAUUUCUUGUAAAAAGUUGUUUCUUGAAUAGAAAUUAAUUAUUAUCAUGGAUGAAGAAAAUUUGCAUAGGAAAUUGAGUAGUCUACGAAAAAUACUGGAAAGAUCUGGACCUUUUUGUAGGCCAGAUUUUGAACCUUCUCCAGAAUCAUUAAAAUUUUUAAUGCAAAAUUGUAAAAUUCUUGUUGUUGGUGCUGGAGGGUUAGGCUGUGAGUGUUUAAAAAAUUUAGCUCUUAUGGGUUUUAGGCAAAUGGAAGUGAUUGAUAUGGAUGUAAUUGAUUUAUCCAAUUUAAAUAGGCAAUUUUUAUUCCGCCAUAAGGACAUUGGUAAAUCAAAGGCUGUUACUGCGGCUAAAUUUAUCAACGAUCGCAUACCAGGUUGCAACGUGACUCCACAUUUUUGUAGAAUUCAAGAUAAAGAACCUGAAUUUUAUAAGCAGUUUCAUAUAAUUCUUUGUGGAUUAGAUUCCAUUAUAGCCAGACGAUGGAUUAAUAGUAUGUUAACAUCUUUAUUAGUAUAUAACGAUGAUCAAUUGGAUGUUUCUUCAGUAAUACCGCUAAUUGAUGGAGGCACUGAAGGAUUCAAAGGGAAUUUAAGAGUUGUAUUACCAGGAUUGACACCUUGCAUAGAAUGUUCUUUGGAUUUGUAUCCCCCUCAAAUAACAUAUCCUUUGUGUACGAUAGCUAACACUCCUCGGCUUCCAGAACAUUGUAUUGAAUAUGUUAAAGUCGUUCAAUGGCCAAGAGAAAAUCCAUUUGACUGUUGUAUUGAUGGCGAUGAUCCACAACACAUAACUUGGAUAUACGAAAAAUCAAAUGACCGAGCAUUACAUUUUGGAAUACGAGGUCUGACUUAUCGUUUAGUCCAAGGAGUUAUCAAAAAUAUAAUACCAGCGGUUGCGUCGACUAAUGCUAUAAUAGCUUCAAUGUGCUGUACCGAAGUUUUCAAAGUGGCAACAAGUUGUAGCGCUUCAUUAAACAAUUACAUGGUUUUUUCAAAUACAGAUGGAAUUUAUACAUUCUCUUAUGAAGCUGAAAAAAAUGAGAACUGUCUUUCAUGCAGCCAUUCCAUUAAAGAAGUACCAUUGAAGAGCUUAGAUGUUAAACUUAAAGAGUUUAUUGAUAUCUUGAAGUAUGAUAAUGCUUUUCAACUCAAAAAUCCAAGUAUCACAGCCAAAAUAUCUGGAAAAAAUAAAACUUUGUACGUCGAAAAUAUCGCUAGUUUAGAAGAACAAACUCGCCAAAACUUAUCAAAAUCUUUGUUUGAACUAGGCAUUAGUGAUCAGACUGAUUUAAUAGUCGCCGAUUCAACAGCACCGAGUACUUUUACAUUUAAAGUAAAAGUAUCAGAUUAAACGUUAAAUAAAGUUUUAACUUGAUAAAAAUCGCGAUUUUUUUUAAAUAAAGUUAAUUUGUUAUAAUAUUCUAAUUAAAUAAUGGAAUGGACAUUAAAAUUCUAACGAAUCUAUUAUAGAAUGAAUCAUUAUAUAUCGCGAAAGUACAACCAUUGAUUAAACUAAUUUUAAAAUACUAGUUUUUGUUCCUUAUAAUUUAAAGUUUAAAUUUUGUUGCAGCUUAUCUGCCACCAUAUCACAUUAUAAAGAAUGUAGUUUCAUAAAAAAAAAAACAAUUACUGAUGAUUUAUUUCUGAUUUUGAAAAGUAAAAAUAAAAUAUAAGCUAGAUAUACCUACGUUUAUUCUUGUUUGUGGUAAAUAAAAUGUUUCUAUUUUUAAAAAUAA